UGCGCAGUGGGGGCUCGGCGGGGUGGGGGGGAUGAGCGUGUUGCUCCCCAACAUGGCGGACUUCGACACGAUCUACGAGCUGGAGGAGGAGGAGGAGCCGGAGCCCGAGCCCGUGGUGAGGAGCCAGGAGCUGCCGCGGCCCCGCGACGCGCCGGAUCCCGUGGCGGUGCGGGGCGCCGGGCACAUCACUGUGUUUGGCUUGAGCAACAAGUUUGACACAGAAUUUCCUUCUGUUCUGACAGGGAAGGUUGCUCCAGAAGAAUUCAAGACCAGUAUCAGCCGAGUGAAUGCGUGCUUAAAGAAGAAUCUCCCUGUCAAUGUAAAAUGGCUGCUUUGUGGCUGUCUGUGCUGCUGCUGCACAUUGGGUUGCAGCCUGUGGCCUGUUAUCUGUCUUAAUAAAAGAACUAGAAGAUCGAUUCAGAAGUUGUUAGAAUGGGAAAAUAACAGACUAUAUCAUAAGCUGGGUUUGCACUGGAAGCUGAGUAAAAGGAAAUGUGAAACUAGCAAUAUGAUGGAAUAUGUAAUAUUGAUAGAAUUCUUACCAAAAUAUCCCAUAUUUCGACCUGACUGAGAAGCAGUAUUCAGUCUUUCAUGUUACCUGUCAUUUCCUACCCUUAGUGCCUUGUAGAUGAUUUUGGAAAGAAGAUGGCCUACUUUGCUGUGAUUUAGAAAUGGUCUUUGGUAGAAUAUCUUCCUCGUGAUGUUAUUUUCUUUUGUUUAAGAAGAAAACAAUUUGCACAUUUUUUAUGUUAAACAAGGCUUCUAUGUUGCACUCUGAAUUUUUAACGUUAACAAGAACUGAUAUAGUUGCCACUAAGGAUCUAACAUCAGUGCUGCUUAAAACUUGUUCUGAGCAUGCUGCCUUAUUCAUUUCUAUACUUGCUGUUUCUAAAUGUACAUCCUAACUCCAUAUCAUACUGUAUUUCAUCCUAAGUGUCACAUUCCUAUAAAUCCUCUGUAGAAACAUCUAGGUAAGCUUUUGGUAGUUACUGAUAAUUUUACUAUAACUUGCUUGCAUAGGACUUGCAAUUAACAGCACUGGUUUUGUCCUGCACUUUGCAAAAUCAUCAUUUACAUUAGAGGGUUAAUUAUUUUACCCACUAUGGAUUUGUAAAUAUUGAUUAUUUGCAUAAUAUGAAGUGUGGUAUGCCAAGGUUUACAUGUAAUAUAGCUCUUAAUAUUGUAUUGCCAACAGUUCUACAGAUUUGUUAGCAUCCUUCUAAUUGUAUGGACCCAUUCACAUACCAUUAUUAUGGUGAAGCCAUAAUGAGUUUGUACAUACUAUCAGGUGUAGGAUUCAGUUGCACUUUGCUUUAGUAAGUGGAUUAAAAAUGUGUAGUGUUUCAGGUGUCUUGGUUAGCACCUGAAAUAGAUGCAAACUAUUUUAAGGUUCUUUUUGGAAAAGUUACAUUCAUGGAGCAAACUGCAACAGCUAUUACUAUCAGAAUAUCCUAAAAAACGUAUUUUUAGAACAAGAAUAUGUUUAAAUCAGUUUUUUUGUUGUUUUUUUAUUUAAACAAAGAAACAUUUUCAGUAAUUGAACACCUCUGUCACAGCUAAAGGCAACUACUUUGGACAGUUAAAUCAAUACUACAGAAACAUUUAACUAAUUUUUCUAACGCAACAAUACCAGAUGGUAUAUGUUUAAGCAGUUAACUAAACUGGCUUUCUUUGUAGACUGUACUGUUAAAAGCAAAGAAAUUCCACCACAAGUCUGAGACUCAUUUGAGAAUACUCAAUUGUGUGGAUGUGAGUCAGUUUAAAGAGUUUAUAUCUAAAAAUGUUGGUUGGUUGUACUCAGCCAAUGGCUGAAGAACCAAAACGGUUUUCCUGGAAUCUACAAGCUCGUUCAGAAGACUUCUUGCUUUGCCUGAUUGGUUGCAAGAGCUCUCCCCAAACUCUGACUUGUAGAAGAUCAGAUUGGGAGCAAAUGGAGAAUAACUGCCAGGCCCUUUGCCAUUUCUAGCUAGGAGUUAGGGGUAAUUGAGAAGAACAGAUGUUGUCAAAUAGGGGGAACCAUAAAAGGUUUGGGUUUUUUUGAGCGGCAAUGAAUUUUAUUUUUCUCAUCACCAUAACUUAGUGUUCAGGCAUUGCUUUGCAAUUAUUUUGGCUCCUUUUAACACCUAAACAGCUUCUCAUAUUCAGCUUGUUUUCCUUUUAAUGUAUCUCUACCCUUUCAGUAUGGAUUUAUGAACCCUAAAGAAGUAUUUGUUAAAGAAGUAUUUGUUAAACCAUUGCAUUUUCGUAGCUGCAGUUGGCAAAAGUUCUAACAGACUGUUUUGUCAGUUGUGAGGGAUAACAGGCCAGUUGCAGGAAUAUUGUCCACUUGGAGUCAAAUUCCUCACCAUAUUGCUUGUCUCACAGCUGAGAAGCAAGAAACGUCUAUGCAUGUGGUACAGCUUUCGUUCAUCACUGCGAAAAAUGAUGCGUCAGGCUGUGAAACUUAAACACUAAAGUUAGUUCUUUCUUAGCUUUGUACACAUUUCCAUUAAUGGAUCAGUGGCAACUAAUGGUCCAACUACAUUUAAGUAUGUUAAAUUUUAAGUACAAAACCCCUCCUAAAUAGUAUCAGAAUACAGUGUUGGCUAUAGUAUGCAGCUCCAACUUUCACUGAGUCCCCAUAACAAUACAUACUGCUAUAUUUUGUUUCUUCGACGUAUCUGUAAGAGGUGGGAUUUGGAGAGCAUGCACAGAGACUAACCAUGCAUAACAACUGGAAUAGCAUGCUUAAGUCUAUUUAUUUAACUUCGAAUUAGGGUUUUGAACAGCAAGUGUUGCCAAAAAAGAAUAACUAUAAGAUUUUGAUAGCUUAAACUCCCAAAUUGUAUAAGACUUAAUGUUAUGCUAGAGCAUGUUAAUUGUGUUCUUGCCUUCUCUUCCUCCCUCCCUUUUUUUUUUUAAGUCAUAGUUCAGAAACCCCAGUCACCUUUCAUGUGAAUGAUUUUAUAUUUUCAAACAUUCCUUUUCAGCUGAGGGGACAGGCAAGCCAAGGAGAGUUUGUGAUGUUGCCAGUGGUAGUAAAUGCCAAGCACUCCUCAGUAUUGUGGCCAAUAAUGAUCCCAUCAUCCCCCGUUUUAGGAGCCAAGUCUCUUCUUGACUUCAGGAUAUGGAGCUCAAAAUGUUUCCAUCUGACUUGCGAUGCAUUUUUAUGAAACCAUGCCAGGCUGAGAGAGAAUAUCAUGAGCUUCCCCAGUUAAUAUUGAAUAUUAAUAAGCCUUGUGUUUAAGUGCAUAAAUUCUAUAGAUUUUUCUGCAUGUCAGGUUAUUUUGAAUUUUUAUCUUCUCCCUGUAAAAAGUUAAGUGAAAAUAGACACCUAAGUAAUGCCUGACCUUUUGGCUAUAUUAGCAACUUGUCAGGAGCAUGACAGCCAAAACAGCAGUUUACAGCAAACCUCAUCUUUUGGUAAAUAGGAUUGAUCACAGCAUGCAGUAUUCUUUUGAAUCUAUAAAUCAUAGAUCCCAUUUCUUAUCUUAAGAUGCAGUCAACUGUAGGUGGUGCUGUAGCUUCUGUACUGCAUUCUGCCUACCCAUCCUCUCUUGACUACACUUGGCAUGAACAGGAACAUUCAACUGACAGUUUUCAGUGUUACAAAAUAGUAAGGUAUUCAGAUAUGAAAUUGUAAAACCUAUUCAUGGCAGGCAGUUAAUAGAGGAGAGGUCUGUAGCAGUACAACAAAGUGGUUACAUAAUGUAGUAAAACGGAAGAGAAAGUGCCUUGACUUGUUUGAACAAGAAUUGAUGAUACUGUACAUAAGGGAAAAAAGAACUAGAAAUUAUCUGAGGUCUGAGUUUCAAAAAAAAAGCAGGUCUGGAAACACUGUUUACCGAAGUCUUGUUUAUUUCUAUAUCACUAGUUUGAGCCUUAUUUCUUUUUUCAGAUUUGUUGUGUAUUAGGGAGUGUUACAAUGUUAUAGAAUAUUGUCAGAGCAGGAAAACCCUUCGUCUGCUGACUUCAGAAAUUAAUUUCACCCUGACCUAAAGAAAUGUUUAAGACCAAUGUAAACAUAUAUAGAACGUUUAGAUUUGAUUAUGUAUGAGAGACUAGGAAACAGGAUUCAUUUUUGCUGAAUUUAGUGUAGCCUUGAUAAAUACAAAAGUUCAUAUGCUUCUCUUAAUAAGUACAAGAAUUCAUAUGCAAAAACAUGGAUAUGUGCGUAAUAGUGUCCCAUGAUGACCGUUUACUACAGUUACUUGUAAACACACUAGCAUUUGAGCAAUAAAAAUGUCAAACUGUUAAUAUUCAAUGUAAAUAGUUUUGACCAGUUUAGUAAAGAAUGUUAUGUGAUACUCUUGUUCUACAAUAUUUUUUUGUUUUUCUGUUUUGGUGUUUUUAUAUAGUUGUAACAUUAUUUGCGUCGCAUUUUUAAAAAAAUGGUUUUGUUUUAAGUUGUACAAAAAGCAUUUUUUAAAUUCAGUCCUUAACAUUUUUAUUCUGUUUACAAGUAAAUUGCCACUUUUUUUUAAUAGGACCUUGCCUUGAAGUUUGUUUGUUGUUUUUUUUAAAUAAACUCCAAAAUAAG